GUGUGAGCGAGAGCGCGGGGCUUUCCUCGGCCAGCCUCUUUCAGCGAGCACCGCUCGCUUCGGCCGCUCUCACCCACCAACUCACCCACCCAACUGGGUGUCACUUCGGGGUGGGAAAACGCGUUCAAAAGCAGCGGGAGCCUAGCAGUUUCCUUCAGUGGUUGUGGAAAACGCCGAGCGGGUGCGCGGGUAGCAGCACCACAGCCGAAGCGGUCGUCGUUGGAGGAGGCGGAGAAAGCCUUCAAGCAGCGCCCCCGGGAUCCCGCCCGCCGGGCUUGAAGCCUCCCGCGCGGGCGCAGUUUCCUCCUCCGUCGUGCGGGAACUUUCUUAGCGGCGUCGGGAGGAUGCUGGAGGGCGGUGGCAAGCCCGUGAAGGAGGGCGUGCUGGAGAAGCGCAGCGACGGCUUGCUGCAGCUGUGGAAGAAGAAGCGCUGCAUCCUCACUGAAGAAGGGCUGCUGCUUAUCCCGCCCAAGCAACAGCAGGAGCCGGUGGCGGCGCCCACGGGUGUGGGGACGGCGGCGGCGGCGCCCGCCGCCAAGAUCAAGGAGUUGCCCUUCGCCACCAUGAAGACGGUGGACUGUGUGGAGCGGAAAGGCAAGUACGUGUAUUUCACGGUGGUGAUGGCCGAGGGCAAGGAGAUCGACUUUCGGUGUCCGCAGGAGCAAGGCUGGAACGCCGAGAUCACGCUGCAGCUGGUGCAGUACAAGAACCGCCAGGCCAUCCUGGCCGUCAAGUCCACCCGGCAGAAGCAGCAGCACCUCGUCCAGCAGCACGGGCCCCGCCUGCGGAGCGCCUCCAACUCCGCCUAGUCGGGCCCCGCGUGCAGAUUGAAUCCAAGAGAUGCUUCUGGAAGCAAGGAGGACCCUCUCUGUUGAUCACAACCUUGGCAAACAAAGGGAGUACAAAUGCAAGGGAGAGCAUCAAUUCUGCUCCUGGAGUCUUCCUACUUUUGAGACAGUCCAUGAUCACUGGGGAAGCAUUUCAACUCUUGUAGUUUUGACUACUACUUAUGAACUUUUGAAAUGAUGAUUUGGCCUGCUGGGUGUCAAAGGACAUAAUAUUGUUGCUGCCAUUUUUAUUCUAAUCUAUUUUAUGUUUUAUGUUAAUUUAUUGGUGGAGGUUUUUCAAGCUUGUUUGCAAGAUAUUUCUGAAUGUUAGGCCAUUUAGAAAGAAAUGGCACACAGAGCAUACUUGCAUUGGCUACAUUGGAGUAAGAAAGAAGAGGAUGUUGGAGAACUGAAGAGAUUUCCCAAAAUAUGGCCUUUCCAACUAGUUUUUCCCCAACAUCACUUUUUACAUCAUUUUUCCAUUACCAUAAGUGAGAAACUGUUCUGAAACAAAAGUGUGUAAUUUGCCCCCAAAUAAGAAUUUGUUUCAAAUGCUAAUUCAUAAGAAGGGCCUCCUCUUCAAGGAAAUCAAUGGCUUGGAACUUGAUAUCUAGAUUGUUUUAAUUUUUAUUAUACAUUCAUUUGGAGAGUAUUAUAUUUUGUAUUCAACAGUACAUUCAUUUGGGUAUGCCACUUGUGUGUGUUCCUGUUUCAUGAACAGGCAAAGGAAAUCUGACUUGAUAGAUUAUCAAGGAUAAUAGAUUUAAAAAUACAGUCAUGUUAUCUUCUUUUUUUGUGUGGCAUUCAGAUAGUACAACCAUGCCGAGAACUGUUUAUUGCACUUUGUCUGAAUUUGGGACCCUGCCUGUAAUGUUUCUCAGAGUUGUUACUUGAUUCUGCUCAUGUCAGUCUGAAACGUCUUCAAAUGCCACACUAAAAUCAUCCCAUCCAGUAAACCUCUUAGUGUUUAACUGAGUAAUUUACCCAUAAUUCCUAUAAUUGAGUUUCCUGGAUGAGCCUCAGUGCAACAUUUUCCAUGGCCCCCUUCCAUAGCCUCUAAGAACCCAGGAUGUUUUAGCCAGGGAGCGACACUCAUUUUUAACUUAAUAAGAAACAUUCUGCUUUUGUUGUUUGUUGUUUUUACAGUCUUAAUAUGGCACAAGUAAGGUUUCUAAUAACUGUGUUUUUUAAAAAAGCGAUGAAUUGGUUCUUUCAGUUAUAAGGAGUCUAAUGUUGUUAACUGGAUAAGAGAAGAUAUUGAGCUUUGCAAGCGUAUUGUUAUCUUCAGUCCAACUGUUCUGUUUUGAAGCAGGGCCAGCAUCAGGAAUAGGCACCGUUGGGCACCUGUUGAUACUCAUACCUUUGCAUGAGUCCCUCUGCCAUCCCUUUGAGUCCCCAACCCUGCUCUCCUCCUCUUUGCUGUUACUACCUGUUUACCUGAGCAUGCAAGCACUCCAGGCAAAUAUAAGAUUUGGCAAGUGAACACAUUGCAGCAACAACUGGUGGAGCCAUUCAGGGUGGGAGUCUGUGUGCGCCAUGCCCAAGGGCUCCCCAAAACCUGAAGCCAACACUGUUCUGAAGGAUACCUUGGGCUUUCUUUUACUACUUCCAAUUUAGUCUAAUUCUGCAAAAUUCUGCCCCAUUUAUCUCAGAUUAAUACAGCAUAGCGCACCUUAAAAUAUUAAGUAUCUGAAUGCAGCCCUAAUGUAUCCUAAUCCUAACAAGCUAUGAAUGAUCUUCUUGCUGAGACUUUGGGUGAUAGCCAAUGUUAGCCAUACUCUGAGUAGACCUAUUAAAUUCAAUGGGCUUAAGUCUCUUGAUUUCAGUGCAUCUGCCCUUCACGUGUAACAGUCUGUUGAUAGUGUUCUUGGCUUCCUUCCCCAACAUUUAUCAAAAUGGUGAUUAAAUGUUUGUAAAAUAAAUUUACCCAAAGACACUAGUGGAUUCAGAAACAGGACUUACAUGAUGAGCUUUGCCAGUUUUCCUUUUUCUGACCAAAUCAAUGAGAACAUCCAUUUUCCCGUCUAUCUUCCUACUCCUGCUGUUUAAUAUCCUCGGUUGAGGAUCCUGGACCAAAAAAUUAAAUUUCAUACUGAAUUUCUUGAGGUUGGCUCAUAUUGUCAUAACUGCACAAUACACUGUGUUUUUAAAAAAAUAGCGGCAAAAGUCUUUGGUCAUAUCAGCUGCUGCUUUUCACAAUACAACAGAACACUUUGCAGUCACCUCUAAACAAUUUGUAGGAAAACUAUGGCCAAUGUGAGAGAAUCAUGUUUAUCCUCUGAUAUUAGGAAUAAACAUUUUCACUGUUUAUAGUCUUCUGUUGGGUAGAUCUAUCUAAAGGAUAAAUUUCAGUGCCAGCCUGAGUUCAUUCAUUUGUACUGAUAAUAUUUUACUUAUAUGAUCAAUAAGGCUGUGGCUUUUUCCUUCUUCAUCUAGACUUCUUUAGGGUUGCUUUGUUUUGUAUUACUUUUAAGACUUAGUAUAAAUCUCCACAGGAAUCACUUAGAUUCUGCUGGGUCUCUGAGCCUAAGAAAUGUCUUUGUAGUAUAUUCUAAGUAUUAAAAUCAAGGUCAUUCCUAGACUGAGACUAUGACAGAGCAACACAUUUAAGUUUCGAUCCUGAACUGCAUUUAUUAGGAAGCACAUUUCAUUAAAUCUGGUGGAUUUACCUUCAAGUAUAUGUUUGCCUUGGAUGUGGCUACAAAUCCCAUUUGAGGUUCAUAAGCAAUGCAACUAUUUCAGAUCCUCGCUGUAAAGGAACAUGGGCAUAAAUAACACUGAGAGAUCAAGUAAUGAUUAUGAGGAAGUGUCCCCGGUUAAUUCUGGCUAUGAUUACUUUUUAAGCUAAAAGCAGUGAAUUUAAUUCAUUGAUUUCAUUCUCUUUCAUAUGAUUGAUGCCAUAUAUAUCUGACAAGUUUCCUGACAAAAGGACAGAAUUCACCAAGGAAAUUCAGGGUAUAGUAACUUAGUAAUAAUGGAUGGUUUUGCACAUGUGAUUUUGGGGCUUUCCCUCCCCCCUCUAUGUGAUGCUUACCAUGGUGUAUAGGCCCCACAAAUGGAGGUGGAUACAGUUGCUCUGUUACCAACAUGCUUCUGCAUAAUGUCCUAGUGAAAAGCAGUUUUACAUCGGUGUUGCAAAAUAAUGGUGAAAAACAAUAGGUAGACUGCAUUUGUAUGUCAUGGUAAACCUGUGAAUGCAGAGAUCACUCCUACUUUGCUCUGCCCCUAACAAAAGCAGAAGUGGGGCUCAUGGUUUCUUUCAUUCCAAACAAACCUCUACAUGAAAUAAUAUUUUCUUCUUGGCUUACUAGUUGUGGUUUGUUUGAGCAGAACAAAUCACAACCACUGGUUUGGACUAAGCCAGGAGUCAUGGUUUGUUUGGUGACAGCAGGGGAGGAGUGAAGCACGAACAGUCUCUGUAGUCACGGUAAACCUUUCCAUGACAUGCAAGCUGGACUUUAUUUUGUUCAUUUGCUUCUCAGUAGUACAAGGAAGAUGCUGUUCUUAGUUUUCAGAAGAAAGGAAAUCACCCUUAUGGUAUUUUUCUGCUACAUUCUGGAAGUAACCCCUCAUUUCUUUUUUAGUUCAUGGUUUCCAAAUACUGGCUUUUGCAAAUUAGCUGCAGUGAUAUACCAAGUGUUUUCUGGCACAUUAUGAGCUGAAACAAGUGUUAUCAAACAAAUGUGUGUAAAUAUGAUUCAAAUGAUUUCUGAGAGAUGUGAUUUAUUUUUCAAUAUGCAUUCCAUUUCAAAUAAAGAAGUAUCCAUUGAAA